CAUGCGCAUGCGCGAGACGCGGCCUGACAAUAGACUGAAUGUGUAUAGAAUGUGUAAAUUAUAUAAAAAUUGUCUUGUUAUUUUUUUGUUUCAAUAAGAAUGAUACAUUAUAAAUUGUUUUCUAUAUAAAAAGGCAUAUCUCCCCAAAGUAGAUUCGGCGGCCUUUAAUGUAGAUCUGCUCAUGUGUUUUUGUUGACAAGGAUAACCCUUUCUUCGUCCAGAGUGCUGAGAAUGGCGCAGAACAAUGCGACAAAGUUGACAGUGGAAGAUUUUUAUGCUGGUCCGUGCAGCUUCGACGAGAUCGAGCCAGGCUUGUUCCUGGGUAAUCUUACGGCCGCGACAGACGUCGACUGGCUGAAAGAAGUUGAAAUGACUCACAUACUGACAGUAGAUUCCUGUCCAUUGCCAAGAAAGAUCCAGGAACGUCUCCCCAAUUUAGCCACUAAAUAUAUUCAGGUGACGGAUAUGCCGCGAGAGGAUCUCUUAACGCAUUUUGAAGAUUCCUACGAGUUCAUCGACCGCGCCCUCGAGUCCAAUGGCAGAGUGCUGGUGCACUGUUACUUUGGAGUGUCUCGAUCCGCUACCAUAGUGAUCGCAUACAUAAUGAAGAAGCGCGAGCUGAGCUUCGCGGACGCCUUCCAGGUGGUGAAGUCGAAACGACGAUUCGUCGAGCCAAAUCUUGGCUUCAUGGCACAGCUGAGACUCUACGAGGACAUGGGCUACGGCGUGGACAGCACCAACGUGAAAUUCAAGAUGUAUCGCUUACAAAUCGCCGCCGACAUGGUGCGCAAGGCUCGCAUUCUUCCUCAGAGCUGCAUCGACUUGGUGAAACCAGAUCCUGCCCUGACAACAGUGCGGCCUGAACCAUCGGUUUAUCGAUGCAAGAAAUGUCGCCGCAUAGUGGCAAGCGCUAGUAAUGUUCUACCUCACGUGCCACAUGAGAAACAGAUCUGGCGACACAUCAGCAUUAAGAAUCCGAAGGACGUCGAGAACUGUGAUAAACCAGUGUUGAAGAAGGAAGAGCAGACGCGAGUUGAGUUUUGUAACAAGAUCUACUUCGUGGAACCUUUGGCUUGGAUGCCCGACAUCACGCACACCGUCGAAGGCAAGUUGAAUUGUCCGCAAUGCAACACGAAGCUCGGCUCGUACAGCUGGAUCUCUGGGAGCCAGUGUCCCUGCGGUAGCAAGAUCGCGCCGGCUUUCUAUUUGGUACCUUCCAAGCUCGACUGGAGUAAUGUUGUACAGAACGUGCAAGUGACGGUAUAGUAUUGAUACAUGAAGAGAUUCAAUAAUCGAUCUUGGUCUACUCGAAUACUCAAUGAAAUGUUUCAAAGAUUUUCGGAAGUAUUUCUAAAUACUCAUCAUGGCAAUACGAAUCACCAAAGCAUGUCAUGAAGAUAUCGAAUAGGCGCCUAAUAAAUGUUAUAAUUUUUUUUGCGCUUUUAGAUAUCUUUUUGACAUUUUUUGAAUGGUUUUUAUAAGUUAUGACGUUAUAUGGUCCACAAGAUAGAUGGUUAAAAUAGAUAUUGAUAAUAUUUGAUCUUCAAUUCUUCAGCAAGUUUAUUAUAAAUUUUGUUAGACACUUUAGAAUUUAAAAUAAUAAAUUAGUA